GCUGCGAUGGCUGCCCGCGGGUGUGGGACCAGCGAAGCCCCCGGCCCCUCUCAGAGCCCGGCCUCCUGACGCCGCCAGUGGGCGGGGCCGCCCGGGCCGCCUCCGCCGCUGUCAUGUAUCCGACGCCGCCGCCGGCGCCGCAUCGGGACUUCAUCUCGGUGACGCUGAGCCUCGGCCAGAGCUACGACGGCAGCAAAAGCUGGCGGCGGCGCUCGUGCUGGAGGAAAUGGAAGCAGCUGUCGAGAUUACAGCGGAACGCGAUCCUCUUCUUGCUCACGCUUCUGAUGCUCUGUGGACUCGUGUCCUACAUCAGCGUGGCUGACCAGUGGAGAGCCGUGAACGGCCGGUCAGCAGAAGAGCGGAAGAUGAGACCUGCAGAUCCGCCCGUGUUGCCAGCUCCUCAGAAAGCAGAUGCUAAUCCAGAAAACUUCCCAGGGGUUUUACCUCAGAAGCCUAAGAGGCAUUUCCGACGGCGACCGCCCAACCUGCAGAUUCGAGCCCCCGGUAGAGACUCCGAGGACCGGAGGCAGGACGACACCCAGCGGAGGGACGAGGCAGCAGGCGACGCUCGUCGGGAAGAGGACGCACAGAGAACAGCGGUCAGCUGGAGGGGAGCGGUGAUUGAGCCGCAGCCCGGCACCGAACCUCCUUCGAGAAAGGCAGAGGCCCCCCACAAGCCUUCCUCACAGGCCCCCGGGAUUCAGAACCAAGCAGCUUCCCCGAACGAGCGUCAGAGGGCCGUGAUCGAUGCCUUCCGCCACGCAUGGGCCGGAUACCGCAAGUUCGCCUGGGGCCACGACGAGCUGAAACCCGUGUCCAGGUCCUUCAGCGAGUGGUUUGGCCUGGGCCUGACGCUGAUUGACGCCCUGGAUACGAUGUGGAUUUUAGGUCUGAGAAAAGAGUUUGAAGAGGCCAGGAAGUGGGUGUCUAAGAAGCUGCGGUUUCAGAAAGACGUGGACGUCAACCUGUUUGAGAGCACGAUCCGCAUCCUGGGCGGGCUUCUGAGCGCCUACCACCUGUCUGGGGACGACCUCUUCCUGAAGAAGGCCGAGGAUUUUGGGAAUCGGCUCAUGCCUGCGUUCCAGACGCCCUCCAAGAUCCCCUACUCCGACGUGAACAUCGGCACCGGGGCCGCCCACCCGCCCCGCUGGACCUCGGACAGCACGGUGGCCGAGGUCACAAGCAUUCAGCUGGAGUUCCGGGAGCUCUCGCGCCUCACGGGCAGUAGGAAGUUUCAGGUACGGAGGGGCCGGGCCGUUGGCCGGGAGUGCGGCCGGCUCGCCACAGGAG